AGUACCUACCACUGAUAGCCACACAAAACGAGGCCGCGUUAAAGGACACGUCAUGCUGUAAACUAAGUUCCUUGUUCCACCCUCAGUUUAAAUAGAUUCACCGCACGGACGUGUCAAACAGAAUACUCUACAAUUAGUUGAAGAUACUGUAAAUCAAUAAGGCACCAUGCUGUCUUUAAAUCUUUUAGCUGUAUUAGUUAUUGGUCUUCUGGUGCAGUUUAUAGUCUGUCCUCCUGUACAGAAACAAGUAAAAGAAGAGGAACCAGUGGAAGGACCAGAAGAAGAUGCCUUGGAUUCUCUAGCAUAUAAGGCCUACCUUCUGGAGGUAAUGGACGUGUUAAAUACUGAUGACCAAUUUAGAAAGAAAAUGGAAGAAGUGCAGGCUAAGGGAGGUUUUAAUGAGAGUGGUGAAAUAGCUAAACACCUGGACUUCGUACAUCACAGUGUACGUACUAAAUUAGAUGAAAUCAAACGUCGAGAGAUUGGGCGUCUAAAAGAAGCUCAACGUCUGCGCAUGCGUGAAAUGAAUGGUAAACAAAUCUUGCAUAAUGUUGUCUAUCAUGGAGGUGUUGGCAAGGUAAAUUUUGAUGAUAAAAAACAUUUAGACCAUGAAAAUCCACACACCUUUGAAGUGGAAGAUCUUGCCAAGUUGAUCAAGCAGGCUACCACAGAUUUAGAAGAAGCAGACAAGAAGAGAAAAGAGGAUUUCAAGAAAUAUGAAAUACAGAAAGAAGUUUUGGAGAGAGAAAAAUUAAAAAAUAUGCCAGAAGAAGAGAGGAAAAAGGAAGAACAAAAAAUAAAAGAGAUGGAACAGAAACAUAAGGAACAUCCUAAAGUACAUCAUCCGGGUAGCAAAGAACAGCUAAAAGAAGUUUGGGAAGAAGAGGAUCACAUGGAUCCAAAUGAUUUUGACCCGGCAACAUUUUUCCACAUGCAUGACACUAAUGGGGACGGUGUGCUGACACCUGAUGAAGUGGAGGCACUUUUUCAAAAGGAGCUAGACAAAGUCUAUGACCCCAAUGCCCCAGAGGAUGACAUGGUGGAGAGAGAGGAGGAGAUGCAACGUAUGAGAGAGCAUGUCUACAAGGAGAUUGAUAAGAAUAGGGAUGCCAUGAUUUCCAUGGAUGAGUUUCUUGACAGCACCAAGCAAGCAGAGUUUCAAAAAGAUGAGGGGUGGAAGACACUAGAUGAGCAGGAGCCAGAGUACUCACAGGAAGAGUUAGAACAGUUCCAGAGAGAGUAUGAGGAACAGUUAGCAAGACAUCAUGCUCAACCAGGAGAAAUCAAUGUCCCACCAAUGGAUCAUGCACAACAGCAAGGAGUGCAGCACAUGGGACAACAGCCUCAGCCUGGACACCAUCCAGAUCAGUUUGGACAACCUCCACAUCCUGGGCAGUUUGAACAACCCCCUCAUCCUGGACAGUUUCAACAACCCCCACCACACCCAGGACAGUUUCAACAACCCCCACCACAUCCAGGACAGUUUCAACAACCCCCACCACACCCGGGACAGUUUCAACAACCUCCACACCCAGGACAGUUUCAGCAACCCCCACACCCUGGACAGUUUCAACAACCUCCACACCCAGGACAGUUUCAACAACCACCACACCCAGGACAGUUUCAACAGCCUCCACACCCUGAUCAGUUUCAGCAAGGGCACCCUAACAUGAUAGGUAGUGAACAUGCAGGACAGCCACAGAUUGGACAUCAACAGCCUCAACAAGGACAAAAACCUGAACAGGGUCAACCCAAGGUGGUGGUAGGACAACCACAAAAGGUUCAGCAACAGCCCCAACAACAUGUCCAGGCCCAACAGCAGGUACAGCAACAAGCUCAGCAGCCUCAAAAAACUGCACAGACUCAAGAACAAAAAGCAUCGCCACAACAACAGGCUCAGCAACAGGGCCAACAACAGGUUCAACAACAAGCCCAGCAACAGGCUCAGCAACAGGUCCAACAACAUGCCCAGCAACAGGCCCAACAACAGGCUCAGCAACAGGUUCAACAACAAGCCCAGCAACAGGGCCAACAACAGGUUCAACAACAAGCCCAACAACAUGCCCAGCAACAGGCCCAACAACAGGCUCAGCAACCGGCCCAACAACAGGCUCAGCAACUGGCCCAACAACAGGCUCAGCAACAGGCCCAACAACAGCAACAGCCAAUGCAAAAUUUACAGCAACAGGCACAACAUGGGCAAGUACAGCAGGAGCAGCCUCAAAAACAACAGUAAAAAAUUCUCAGGCACAGAAAUCAAACCAUGGUUGAAAGGUAAUCAAGAAUGAAAAAAAGGAUAUGAUAUUUGUGCUGCACAUCAUGUGCACCUGUCUUUCUGUUACAGAUGCUAACAACUGGUGUUUUCAGAGGCAAUUUUUAGCCAAAUCUUGUUUAGUCUACAUGUUAAAAAUAUGUUGUGUGUACAUAGUUCAAAUUGGUUGUGAAAAAAGCUUUGUCAUCUGUGUAAGAAGCGAUAAUGAUAUUUCAUAAACUUGGGUCACAUGUAACAAUGUUGGAUUUGAAGAUGGCUUAUGCACAGUAAAAUGGUGACAAGAGAUUAAUUUGUCAAUUUACUUGAAAAAUACAUUAGAUUUUAGAACCAGAAUUUGUUGUAGAUAAGCUGUAUUUAGUGUAGUUGCAGAUUUUUAGGCAGUUUGAUAGGUUAACAUUUUUUUACGAAAGAAUUAUAUGAAUGGCAUAAGGUCUAUUAUUACUCUCCAUAUGUUGCUCCAGGGCGUGUUGCAGCAACAUGCUGUGAUAUUUGUCAGUAAGUAUGAAACCUGUAUUUUCUGUGAACAAGGUGUAUUUAUUCUUUUGUCAAGGCCUUUACAUAUGGAUUAAUUAAUAUUUAUAAUUUAGCAUGUGUGAGGAUGGAUUUUGUUCAACAUAAUGGUGUUUCCAGUUGAGGUGAGAUGGUCCUACUGGCAUAACCUCAUCAGGCUAUCUAAAUCAGCAGCAAAGCUGGUGUAAUAGCUAUACAAAGACACUGACAUGGACAACAGACGGUGUUUUAAGAUAUGCUGCAUUGACCAAGCUAAUCAUUAUUAGACAGCUCCCCAAAAUGGGUCAUACUGAGGUGGAUCAACUUUAUACCUUUAAGGGAUGUGGGUAACAAGGCUAAACUGUAUAUUUAUAUUAAGUCUGUGUAAGUAACAUUGAAAUGUUGAGGCAAGUUUUGCAAAUGACAUCUCUGUACUUGUAAUAGACAUAUUAUGAGAUAGUAUUUUUGAGAUGAGCUACUAGCCUAAAGGGUAUUUGUGCAAAGGCAUUACUGUAAUCAACAAGCCUUAAUGUGGCUUCUAGUCAGUGUUCACAAAAUAUUAGGUUUUCUUUGAAUAAAAUUCCAUCAUAUUUAUUGGGGCAUAGGAGAACAAUCUAUUGUUUCUUAAAAACUAAAUAUAUUUAAGGUAUUGUCACUUAAGAGCAAAACAAGUGCCAUAUAACAUUGUUCUCGGUCAUUUUCUGCAUAUGCCUCUCUUCCUGCAGUUACUUGUUCUACAUGUAGAUAUGUAGUGCUUAAAAAAAGUAUUGCCAUUUGAUACCAAAUUUGGGGUUCCAAUAUGGUUGGUGGCAUUUGCUGACAACAAUGAAAUGGACAUUAGUUUCAAAUUAGCUUCUCAUUUGACAUCAUUUUGUACAAAGUUUCCUUUCCCCUCCAACCAUAUUCGUGACAUUCAAUGAGUUGGCAUAUGUGCAGAAGUAUUUAUGUCUUUAGUGAUGUAUCAACAGAUCAUUCAUUAACAAUCUGGUAAAAUGCUGACUCUUAGACAAAAUAUUAUAACUGACAUUUAUUUGUUUACUAUUCAGAUUGCCAUUUAUAUGCAUAAACAAUUCUGUAAUUAAGGCAGAGAAUACAUUUUUAAAACAUUCA